AUGGGUCAUUUGGAGGCAUCCGCAGCUGCUGCUGGCUUGGCGUCACUCGCGCUCAUCUCUCUGGACGUGUCCGGCGUGUCAGCGAAUGCGCAGCUAAAUCGGCUAAAUUGGCACCUGAUGGCAAUUGUUUCCUCGCAGUUCGAACUGCCCUUUGGAUCGUUCAGCAAUCACACACGUAAAGCGGCGAAUUCACAAAUCGCAUUCCAAUCGAUAGCCUCGCUAUAUAGACUGCUCAUUGCAGACUGCUCUGGAAUUAUCUUUGACCACUUCACGCACAUCGAAACGACUCCUCUCAAUAGAGUCGCCGCAACGACUCCUGUUAAUAGAGUCGCGGAGGGCACGCAGAUCUCGGGCGACAUUCCAUUGAUAAGUGCUGGUCUGGAUUCGCUCAUGACAACAGAGUUGAUAACCCAGCUUAAAAUAGAAUGGCACCUCGAACUGCCUGCUACCAUCGCAUUUGAUCAUCCAACAUUAAAGUCGUUAAUCUCCUUUGUCAAUGGAUCUCCAUGGGGUCUCGUGGCUGCGUCUAACAUACCUCAUGCGCGCUGGGACAUCGUGGGACACGUCGAAGCAGCCAAUUAUGGUGCCUUCACAUGUGAUGGCUUCUGUGCUGACGGUCCAGCCUUGCAAGUCCAUGCGGUGGAACUUCGAGGAGUCGAGUGCUUGACCAUUUGCAUCAAACGCCUUCUGGCGUCUUCGUUGGGAUCUAAAGUUAGCCAGGCUCUCACCUGUGAGAGAGCAAUGUUUUCUCAGGGACGGGUUGCGUUUGCUCCGUGGCGGCAGGUUGACUUUCGUGGGUGCUGCAAUUGGGGUCUUGUGCGCGAGCUCGAGGAUAUUACAGAGUACAUCGCUGAAGUCAAACAUGGGUCAUUUGGAGGCAUCCGCAGCUGCUGCUGGCUUGGCGUCACUCGCGCUCAUCUCUCUGGACGUGUCCGGCGUGUCAGCGAAUGCGCAGCUAAAUCGCUUCUACAAAAUGAUCCAUCACGUAUUUGGCACGUUCGUUUUAUCGUGAGCAGUGACCAGUUGACCCCGCUGAAACGCAGAGUCACGCGGUCUGCUAAGCGAGAUGGUGAUGCGGUCCCAACUUCGUGCGCACUGUUGACCUGUUUCUGA